AUCAAAUAUUUAAGAAUUAACCCAAAAACACAGACACUCACUCUCUCUCUCUCUCUCUCUCUCUGUCUGUCUCUGCCACACAUCACACCAAGCAGUUGCAGCGUUGCAGAGGCUGCAGCACUGCAGCUCUGCAGCAGAGAGAGACAGACUCCAACAAAUAAUAAUAAAAAGUUGCAGGGAAAAAGAGAACAGAGAAAAACACCCAAUUUUUAAGUUUUUUGAGAGUAUUCUAUUCUAUUCCAUCUCUCAGCUGUUGUUGUUGUUGGGUCUCAAAGUUUUUAGAUUAAAGCUCUGAGCUUUUUAUUCACUCACAUACACCAAAAAAGAGUGUUUUGGUUAAAGGGUAGUCUUUAUUUUUGAGCCUUGUUUUAGCAAAUGCCUUAAAAUGCCACAAAUGAAACCAGUUGUUUGAGGCUUUGGACCAUAAAGGCUUUAGCUUUAGCUUUGUCUCUUGUUUUUGUUUUUUUGGGUAUGGCGGGUCUGAUCGAUCUGAACAGCACGACGGAGGAGGAGGAGGAGACUCCGUCUUCUGGGUCCUCGUCCAAUUCCUCCGGCUCUAAUGCUUUGAUUUCUGGGUCUGUUUGCUUGGAGCUGUGGCACGCUUGUGCUGGACCACUGAUUUCUUUGCCCAAGAAAGGCAGUGUGGUGGUUUAUCUUCCACAAGGGCACUUGGAGCAAGUGAAUGAUUUUCCGGCGUCGGUUUAUGAUCUUCCUGCUCAUCUCUUCUGCCGAGUUGUCGAUGUUAAGCUCCAUGCGGAGACUGGUAGUGAUGAAGUCUACGCACAGGUUCAGUUGGUUCCUGAAAGUGAGGAAUUUGAGCACAAACUAGGGGAAGGGGAAACUGAUGCAGAUGGGGAUGAGGAUGCUGAGGCAUUAGAGAAAUCGACUACACCCCAUAUGUUCUGCAAAACCCUUACUGCUUCCGAUACUAGCACUCAUGGAGGCUUCUCUGUCCCUCGCCGUGCUGCUGAGGAUUGUUUUCCUCCCCUGGAUUAUAGUCAACAAAGGCCUUCACAGGAGCUGGUGGCAAAGGAUCUACAUGGCCUGGAGUGGAGGUUCAGACAUAUUUAUAGGGGGCAGCCGCGCAGGCAUUUGCUCACCACUGGAUGGAGUGCCUUUGUGAACAAGAAGAAGCUCGUUUCUGGAGAUGCUGUGUUGUUUCUGAGGGGUGAGGAUGGAGAACUGAGACUUGGAGUUAGAAGAGCAGCCCAAGUAAAAGCUUCUGCUACUUAUCCAACUCCUUGUAGCCAGCAUUUAAACUAUAACUCUGUCGCAGAGGUGGUGGAUGCAAUAACUAUGAAGACUGCUUUUAACGUGUACUACAAUCCAAGAGCCAGCUCAUCAGAAUUCAUAAUACCUUUCCAUAAAUUUUUGAGGAGCCUUGGUCAUUCCUUCUGUGCUGGAAUGAGGUUUAAAAUGCGCUUUGAAACGGAAGAUGCAGCAGAGCGAAGAUACACUGGACUGGUAACUGGGAUCAGUGAGUUGGAUCCCCUGAGAUGGUCUGGUUCCAAAUGGAAAUGUCUAGUUGUAAGGUGGGAUGAUAUAGAUACUAGCAAGCAGCAUGGCCGGGUUUCCCCAUGGGAAAUUGAGCCAUCUGGUUCUAUUUCUAAUUCCAGUGGCUUAAUGGCAUCUGGUUUGAAGAGGUCCAGGAUGGGCUUAUCUGCAGAAAAACAAGAAUUUCCAGUUCCUCAUGGGAUUGGAGCCUCAGACUUUGGGGAAUCUUUAAGAUUCCAGAAGGUCUUGCAAGGUCAAGAAAUUUCGGGUUUUGAUACUCCUUUUGGUUCUAUAGGGGGUCAAAAUCAGCAUCCCUCUGAAUCGAGGAGAGUCUUUCAUGGCUCUAUUGGUUCUAGAGGUAAUGAUCUCAGAAACUCACUUGUGAAUUCUGAGAUUGCCUCAAAAGGCUUUGGUGAAUCUUUCCGAUUCCAGAAGGUCUUGCAAGGUCAAGAAAUAUUUCCAAGCACACCAUAUGGAAGAGCUCCAGCUACAAGUGAGGCUCGUGAAUAUGGUUCCCCUGGAAUCUUUGAUGGUUUUCAGGUGCCAAGCUUUAGAAAUGGAUGGUCUACGAUGAUGCAGGGCAAUAAUACACCUAUGCACCGAGCUGCUCCUGUACAAGUGUCAUCACCAUCAUCUGUGUUGAUGUUUCAGCAAGCAAUGAAUGCAGGAGCUGAGUUCAAUUCCGUAUACAAUGGUCAUAACCAAGAGGAACAGAGAAUUAUGCAACGCAAUCCUUAUUCUGAAUCAGAUGGGGGAAAGCCAACACCAUCCUCAUUCUGUGAACGGAGCUUCAGCAGGGAAGGUCAUGGAGGCAUGAAUUCUUUUCAACAUGCUAUUUCACAUCCUCCUCAUUCAAGUCAGUCUUCAUUGAGAGGCAGUCAAGACAUGGUUUCAUCAUGCAAAAGUAGCUGCAGACUCUUUGGUUUCUCACUGUCUGAGGAAACACAUGCCCCAAAUAAAGUGGACAACUCCACCUCAGUUGCAUCUACAUUAGAUCCUGGAGCUUCUUUGUUCCCCAAUGUUGAACCACGGUUUCAUUCAAAGCCUCCUUUGAUGUCUGCAGCAGUUGGAAUUCCCUGUACCAAAGAAUGGGCUUUUGACUGGCGUGGAGAAAGGAUGGAAAGUUGUUUACAAGGAUAGUGACAACGACGCAGGGCUUGUUGGGAUGUUCCAUGGAAGAAUUGCUACCACAAUAUUAUGUAAGAAGUACGAGAGUGAAGACUCUUGGCGCCGGAGGUUUUUCUCAGGUUCUGCGUGUGUUGUGUUUUAUGUAACUGAACUACUUUGAGGUAAAAAAAAAAAAAAAAACAAACAAUUGUAACUAAGCGCUUCGAGUGACUUGAUUGUAUUAUUAUUAAUUAUGUUUUUUUUUUGGUCGGAUUUAUUAUUAAUUAUGCUCUAAGAAACGGUCUGUAGAAUCUAUGAUUGGCUCUUGAAAGAGGGCCUAUCCGAAACUGAACAAAUUCUACUCAUUUGCAAUUGUUCAAUACCAUUAUUACUUAUCGUCCCUAGCUA